AUGUCGGCGAUGACUGCGGCGGUGCCCUUCUGGCGCGCGGCGGGGAUGACCUACAUCGGCUACUCCAACGUCUGCGCGGCGUUGGUGCGGAGCUGCCUCAAGGAGCCCUUCAAGACCGAGGUCUCCUCCCGCGAGAAGGUCCACUUCUCCCUCUCCAAGUGGACCGACGAGAAGCAGCAGAAGCCCAGUUGA